AUGGAAACUCCUUGGGCCCAAACUACGAAUGAACUUUUAGAGCAUUUUAGUGUUCACCCCGACCGUGGACUAUCUUCUGACCAGGCAGCAAAGCAUGCGCAAAUCUACGGCAAAAAUGAACUACCCGAUGAGCCCGCUACACCCCUCUGGGAGCUUAUUUUAGAGCAAUUCAAGGACCAGCUUGUCCUCAUUUUACUUGCUUCUGCGGUCAUCUCCUUCGUCCUUGCGCUUUUCGAAGAAUCCGAGUCUUUCGCUAGUGCAUUUGUGGAGCCCCUCGUUAUUCUCCUAAUUCUUGUGGCAAAUGCAACUGUUGGCGUCAUCCAAGAAACCAACGCUGAGAAGGCGAUAGACGCCCUCAAGGAGUACUCCCCAGAUGAGGCUAAAGUUCUCCGCUCUAGCCAGUUGGCUCGAAUUCACGCCUCCGAACUCGUUCCUGGCGAUAUCAUCUCUGUGGCCGUUGGUGACAAGGUUCCCGCUGACUGCCGGCUCUUGUCGGUGUCUUCCAGUAGUUUCCGUAUAGACCAGGCUAUCUUAACGGGGGAGAGCGUCAGCGUCAACAAAUACCUCGACGUCGUCUCUGACCUCAAAGCAGUGAAACAGGAUAUGACGAACAUGCUCUUUUCGGGAACCACCGUUGUCAACGGCAAUGCCAAAGCCAUCGUAGUCUUCACUGGCUCUCGCACUGCAAUCGGGGAUAUUCACAAGUCUAUCACUUCACAAAUAUCUGAGAAAACGCCUUUAAAACGCAAAUUAGAUGACUUUGGUGACCUUCUCGCCAAGGUCAUUUCCGUUAUCUGCAUUCUUGUCUGGCUUGUCAACAUCCGUCAUUUUUGGGAUCCCUCUCAUCAUGGAGUUCUAAAAGGUGCCAUCUAUUACUUCAAAAUAGCCGUGGCCCUCGCAGUUGCCGCCAUUCCCGAAGGAUUAGCAGCGGUUAUAACCGCUUGUUUGGCUCUUGGGACGAAGAAGAUGGCUCAGAAAAACGCUAUCGUUCGGAACCUACCCAGCGUGGAAACCUUGGGUUGCACCAAUGUCAUCUGCUCAGACAAGACAGGCACUCUAACGACCAACCAAAUGAGUGUUUCCAAGUUUUUGGUAGUCGACGGCCGUACGGGUAGUCCUCGCGAAUAUGUUGUUGAAGGCACUACGUUCGCACCGUACGGGUCUGUGACAUCCGCUGAUGGUAAGGAGGCCUCUGAUGAACUCAAGUCAGACGCUAUCCAACGAUUGGCGGAAAUCAGCUCUAUCUGCAAUGACGCAAAGAUAGUUUUCAACGCGGACAAAGGCGUCUAUACGAAUGUUGGUGAGCCAACUGAAGCAGCGCUCAAAGUUCUGGUCGAAAAACUGGGAUGCCGUGACGCCGAUGUCACUAAAUCUCUUGCGACUCUAUCUCCCGCAGUUCGAGCCAAUGCUGUCAACGAGCAUUUUGAGCGUUCGAUAUCUCGUUUGCUCACCUUCGAAUUCUCACGUGACCGUAAAAUGAUGUCUGUCCUCGUUCGGCUCAAUGGCUCUGGAGCACUUUUUGCCAAGGGAGCACCAGAGUCAGUACUCGAUCGCUGCUCUUCAGUACGGGUGGACGGUGCUGUAAUUCCUCUCACUCCCCAAACACGAGCAUCAAUCUUGGAGAAGACUUUGUCCUAUGGCGCAAGUGGCCUGCGCACUCUGGCUCUGGCUUAUGUUGACGUCAGCGACCUUGAUGCCAAUCAUUACCACUCGGAAAGCACCAAAGACUACGGGCGGUUUGAACAAAACCUGACAUUCGUUUCUCUUGUCGGUAUGCUGGAUCCACCUCGCCCCGAGGUACGGGAAGCCGUGGCCAACUGCAAAGCCGCCGGUAUCCGUGUUAUCUGCAUCACUGGCGACAAUAAGGGCACAGCAGAGACUAUUUGCCGACAAAUUGGCAUUUUUGACGAGGAUGAAGAUCUAACCGGCAAGAGCUAUACGGGACGGGAGCUUGAUGGGUUAACGCAGGAGGAGAAGGUUGCUGCAGUCCAAAGGGCGAGCCUUUUCUCAAGGACAGAGCCUGCACAUAAGAGCCAGCUUGUCGACUUACUGCAAGGGCUGGGCUUGGUUGUCGCAAUGACUGGAGACGGAGUCAAUGAUGCACCUGCUCUAAAGAAAGCAGACAUUGGCGUUGCCAUGGGUAGUGGGACAGAUGUUGCUAAACUUGCAGCAGACAUGGUUCUCGCUGACUCUAAUUUCGCAACGAUAGAGAAGGCAGUUGAAGAAGGUAGACUCAUCUAUAACAACACGAAGCAAUUCAUUCGCUAUCUAAUUUCCUCCAACAUUGGCGAGGUCGUCAGCAUAUUUCUUACUGUGCUUCUGGGAAUGCCAGAAGCCUUAAUUCCCGUACAACUUCUUUGGGUCAACUUGGUGACCGACAGUCUACCAGCCACGGCCUUAGGGUUCAACCCACCAGACCAUUCAAUCAUGCGUGUCCCCCCGAGAGAUAGUCGGGAACCACUGAUCGGCAAAUGGCUCUUCUUCCGAUAUAUGGUGGUUGGCAUGUAUGUUGGCUGUGCGACUGUGUUUGGCUAUGCGUGGUGGUUCAUGUUCUACACUGGUGGACCCCAGAUCUCCUAUUAUCAACUGACGCAUUUCCACCAGUGCUCAUCACUCUUCCCUGAGAUCGGAUGCGAAAUGUUUGUCAAUACGAUGGCACAGCGGGCAACAACGAUGAGCUUGUCGAUUCUGGUGACGGUGGAGAUGUUCAAUGCCAUCAACUCCCUUUCAGAGAACGAGAGCUUGUUGGUCCUACCAGUUUGGAGGAAUCUCUUCCUCGUUGGGGCUGUAGCUCUUAGUAUGGCGCUACACUUUAUGAUCCUCUAUGUGCCAUUCUUCACGUCACUAUUUGCAAUCACCCCACUUAAUUGGGUCGAGUGGAAAGCCGUACUCUAUCUCAGUGCCCCUGUCGUUCUCAUUGAUGAAGUCCUCAAGUUCGUCUCGGCCACGUUCAUCAACCCACCGUCAAAACUUAAACUCGAUUGA